GGCGAGGUAUCGAAAGCAGGAACACGUCAUAGAUGUCACUGAAACAGCCAUUGUUUACGCCACAUUGGUUAUUAUCAGGCAUGAAAUGAGACAUCGAUCGUGAAAUAAACAACCAUGUCUUAAUGUCAUUGUGCAUAAUUUGCUAUUUUAACGGUUUCAAAACGCGUGUUGAAUUCUCGCUAAGUUUAACGUACCUUAUGCAUUGACUCAACAUUGGACCUUUAUAAUAAAGCAUUAAAGGGGCAUUGGCACAUUGUGCAAGGCUGUAUAGAAGCACAUAUACGUAAUCAGUGUUGUAAGCAAUGACGUUGGUAUUUCUAACUUUCUUGGUAAUUUUUACAUUUAAUGCUGAUGCCUUGACGUGUAAGAGGGGGUAUGACAUCACAGAUACGUCAUCAGAGUUCUUUUUUCCUCGGAAAGUAGAUUCCCGUAUUGUGACGUGUUCUGGGGGGGAAGAUGCGUGUAUGAGGUCGGAAGUUACCGGUGGAUUGGCAUCUUUUAUUCGUUUGCAAGCAAGCGGGGUUGGGUAUUCGUGUCGAAGCCGAGCGUCAUGUGUUGGCAUAGUCGAUCGUUGUGCAAAUAUCGCCAUUUCUUACCUUGGACGAGCAAAUCAAAUUCUAAAGGCGGCCGACUUAAGUCAAUGCGAAAUUGGAUGCUGUUUCACCGACAAUUGUAAUGCUUAUGCAAUAAGUACUUGGCCAGCAACAACGACGACGACAACUACAACCACUGCUCCGACGACAACAACACAACCAACAACAACGGAAACAACAACAACAAGGGCCACCACUUCGACGACUACAACACCAACAACAACAACAACCACGCCUCCUACAACACAACCGACAACAACAGAAACUACAACACCAACAACAACAAAAACAACAACAGCAACCCCUGCUCCUACAACACAACCAACAACAACAACGUCCAUUGCUCCGACGACUACAACAACAACAACAACAACAACGACCAUUGCUCCGACGACUACUACAGCAACAACGACAACAACACAACCAACAACAACGACCAUUGCUCCGACGACUACUACAGCAACAACGACAACAACACAACCAACAACAACGACCAUUGCUCCGACGACUACUACAGCAACAACGACAACAACAACAACAACAACAACAACAACAAAAUCUACUAUUGAACAUGAAGCAACAGCAGUAUCCACUACGUCCCAAACAACCAAAGGAACAACACUUACAACAAAACCCGAACCUGCCACAAGUUAUUCAACAACAAGAACAGCAAUUCCUGCUACAACACAAGCAACAACUGAUACUACAACAGUUUCAACAACACCAAAAAGACCGACAGAAAGAACAAGCACAUUGGAUUCUACUACAACACAAAGAAAAACAUCAACAACAACUACAACACAAACAACCGAAACGGAAACACGCCCAAAGAAAACGGACACAUUCAAGAGAACGAACACAAAAAAUACGACGAAAACCUACUUGAACCAAGAAGUGUCAGCAAAUAGUUCAAACUCGGUAAACCUGCUUUGCUGGCAGACAAUACUGGCUCUUAUCUUUAUUUGCAACUAUAUAGCUUAUGAAUAUUAAGUUUAAAACAAAGGAAUAUCUACACCCAGCGUUGUUCAGCGCAGGUCAGCGUAGAUAUUUCUUUG